AUGCAGUAUUCCUCGCCCCCCUCAUCGUUCUCCCAAAGGUCUCUGGGAUCGCGUUCCACCAGCUCCUCCAUAUGGGCGCCCCAGCCGCAGCCGUCUGAUAAUACGUGGCCCAAGUCACUGGACUCGUUUAACAACGCCUUGGAAACUGACUAUAUGCGCCAUCGGACGUCCUCAUUAUUAGGACCCACUGAUCAAGACGUCUUUGGACCGCCCAGCUUCCCCCCCGUUGACCAGAAGAAGAAUGUUGGCGCGGUCGGUGAUGGUAGGAAGUCCACAGGCAACUCCGAUUUCGAUGACUCGCACGUCGAACAGCUUCUACGCACUCUCAAUCUUCAUUCUCCUGCGCCUUAUAUACAAACAACGUCGCUCUCUGCUCGAAACAACGACUCGCCUGAUCUAUCGCCCAGCUCUGCGCACUCUGCUCUUCUUACUCCCAUUGAUCUUUCCCCAGCUAGAUCUUAUGAUUUUAAGCUUAAUCCCGCUUACGAUUUCCAUUUACCCUAUGUUUCCCAGCCACCGCCUCUCCAUCGCCAAUGCUACGAUUCCAAUUCGCCCCAGGUCAACACCCUCCCCUUCCUCGAAUCCUUCCUGGGCCAUCCUACCGCGCCCUCUCAUAUCCAACAGGCGUCGAACGGCAACGCCCUGAAUGGCAGAGUGGACACGUCUAGGAUGUCGCUCAGCUGGCGUCAGCCUUUCUCGGCUGCCGAAGAUUGGUUGGGCACCGAGGAGCGACCGUUCGCAGACUAUGGCUUGGGCCUAUCCAUCGAAGAUCGUCCACUGCGCUCUUCCCUGCAAUCAAAUGUCCCUGCGGCCCCGUCCAGUCAUCCACAUGAGCCCAUCAACUUUUUAUCGCUUCUUCAUCCGUCCUCAUCGCCCCCAUAUCACGUAUUCGUUGCUCGUAUAAUCAAGUCUUCCGACCAGCAAGCCUCAAUCUUUUUACAGCAGAAGCUCAAAGUCGCCGACGUGCAGGAGAGGGUGAAGAUUGUUGACGCUAUAUGCGCUAGAGGGUUCGAAAUGAUGGCUCAUAGAUUUGGGAACUGGGCCGUCCAAAGGUGCCUGGAAGCUGCGUCAAGUCCCGAGGAACGACGAAAGAUCGUCGCCUGCAUGAGAGGUCGAGUCGUGGACCUUGCUACCAAUUGCUACGGCUGCCAUGUCCUCCAAAAAGCCCUCGAUUGUGAGGAAGAUAUCAGGCUUUUGAUCGUCUCCGAGCUGCUUCUCGGAGAUCCAGCCCAGACUUUAGUGAACAAACAUGCAUCACACGUCUGGAGCAAGAUCAUGGAGUUAACGUGGACGCCACCUGCCCCUCCGAUAUUUGCUUAUGUCAACAAAGCUCUGAAAGGGAAAUGGGCGGCGCUGGCGUGUCACGAGACAGGCUCGCUGGUGGUUCAGCAUGCGUUCGAAAACCUAGAAGAAUCUGCCAAGGAUGAUAUCGUUAACGAGUUACUCAACCAAGGUCCCGCGACGUUUGGUCAGAUAGCGAAGAAUCAAUGGGGAUCGUAUUGUAUUCAGCAUAUUCUCGAGCAUGGACUGGCGAAGCACAAGCGGAUGGCCCUUGACCAUCUCCUAUCUGGCCUUCUGGAAUAUGCCACCAACGAACAGGGCGCGAAGUCGGUCACGAAGGUAUUGAAGGAAGGUGGCAAAGACACCUUGGAUCAAAUCAUCAAGCGCAUGUGUGAACCGGCCAAGGGCGCUCGUCGAGCAACGAUCGUAGACUUGGCGCUAUCUGCUACGGGUAGUCAGUUGAUCGCCAGUGUCCUUCCGCACGCUGAUAAGGACCAGAGAUCCUUCUUAUAUGAAGCCAUACGAGGACACAUCGUGACGCUUCGCGGGUGCAAGACCGGUUCGAAGGUCAUCUGGCUUUUGUGA